UUCGCGGUCAUCGGAACACAGUUGCCGUUCUCUUCGCUCGCAGCCUCCUUCACCGCCCUUGACAAUGCAGAUCUUCGUGAAAACCUUGACCGGCAAGACCAUCACCCUCGAGGUCGAGCCCAGUGACACCAUCGAGAAUGUCAAGGCCAAGAUCCAAGACAAAGAGGGCAUCCCCCCUGACCAGCAGCUGGAAGACAGGCGCACCCUGUCCAACUACAACAUCCAGAAAGAGUCCACUCUGCACCUGGUCCUGCGCUUGAGAGGGGGUGUCUAAGUUAAUCCCUUUUAAGCUUUCAACCAAUUUAAAUUGCACUUUUCUUUCAAUAAAGUUGUUGCAAUCCC